AUGCAACAUUCAUGUUCACAUACAUGUCAACAUGUUGAUGAAACCAAUGUUGGUAAAGAUGUAUUUCGAGCAUGGGAAGAACAACUUGGUCGAUCAAAAGUAGUUGAAAGUGAUGAUGAACAAGAAUUACUUUUCAGUAUACCAUUUAAUGGUGCUGUGAAAAUAACUGGUCUAUGUGUUAUUGGUGAAAAUGGUCCAUCACAUCCGAAUACAGUUAAAUUUAAUUUACCUGAAUUACGUUUUGAUAAUACACGUGGAAAAGCUCAUCAAGAAAUUUCACUUACAUAUGAUCCAUCGGGUACAUUAGCUUAUCAAGUCAAUCCAUCACAUUUCUCACGUGUAACACAUUUAUCUUUAUAUUUUCCUUCGAAUUUCGGUGAUGAAACAACUCGUAUUUAUUAUAUUGGUCUUCGUGGUGAAUAUCUUGGUGUAAGUGAAUGUUAUAUUUCAAUAUGA